AUGAGUGGUGCUUCGACGCCUCGAGGGAAUCGGAGCCCUCCUCCUGAUGGCCAGCAGUCGUCAGGUCCUCAGGGCGUAACUGCCUUUGGCAUUCGCUUUGUACGGCAAUACUAUGGUGGAAUGCUGGACGACCCAAAGAAGAUUUGUCCUCUGUACGAACCAACGUCUCUCAUGACGGACGGCUUAGGCACGGAACCGACGGAAUCUGUGCCCUACGAAACGGACUACAAAAGCAAUCCGGAGAAACUGAAGGAUCGAUUUUCAAUGCCAGAUUUUGCCUUUCGCCUAGAACUGGGACACGGUGCCAUUGAUGCUCAGCAAAGUGUCAAUGGUGGAGCUCUCUUGGUUGUCACUGGAAAGGUCGCUUACACUCCCAUUGCCACGGAAGACGAGGAUGCUGCUGUGGAUGAUCCCAUCUGGAAGAGUUUUGUUCAUACCUUCUUUCUGUUGCCUCGUACGGCAGGAACCAAAAAGAGCUGGUACGUCCACAACGAUAUUCUACGCUUCCUCAAGGACACGGCAGAAGUCGUUCCUCCUCCUGUUGUUGCUGAGGCUCCGCCUCCAGUCGUCGCCACGGAACCUGUACCUGUAGCUGCUCCCCCAGUCGUUAGCGAACCAGCUCCUGAACCAGUUCCUCCUGAGCAGCCAGCACCCCCUGCUGUUCCUGAGCAACCAACACCACAACAAACACCAGCCCCUCCAGAAGUAGUUGUAGAAGAACCUAAGGUAGUGGAAGAAGAAAAGAAACCCGUGGUGGAGGCUGCUUCUCCUGUUCCGCCUGUCGAGGAAGUGGAGGAGGAGGCGCCUGGUGGAGGCGUGGAAGAGACCAAGGAGGAACUGCCAACCCCACCACCCAAGCCGGCAAAAGCUGACAAACCCAAGAAGGAGAACAACAAAGCUGCAAAGAAGGAAGAGUCUGAAAAAGAACAGCAACCCUCCAAUAGGAAGGGCAACAAAAAAAUCAAAGAGAUUGCCACAGUCGCAGAUGCUGGGCGCAAAUCUCCUGUUCCACCUCCAUCGCCUGCCCCAAAGCCUCCACCUGGAUCAUGGGCCAGCUUGGUGGCCGGGGCGCCGGCGGCUUCUGCUGCCGUCAAGACAGCCCCUCCGCCUACAGCUGUCAAACCUCCACCCAAACCUCCCAACCUACCCGACAACACCAAAGAAUCCGAUGUUUUGGGAGUCUUUGAACCCUUUGCGGGACAAACCAAAUCUCGGGUGGUGGGCAUUACUGUGGCAGCUCAUCGUGGCAUUGCGUUUGUGGACUACGACUCCAUUAAUCCUGUCAUGAAAGCUGUCAGUCAACACAAAGAAGAACCCAUUCGUUUGAUGGGAAGGAUCCUGGAGGUGGAUCAAAAGACGGCGGAGCAACGAGCUCGCCGAGAAGCGCAGCAACGUCGUGGAGGAGGAGGCGGAAACUACCGCAGUGGGUCGCCAAGUCACAACAAUGGCGGAUCCAAUCGAUAUGGCGGUGGUGGUGGUGAUGGCAGAAGAGGAGGAGGAGGCCACCGACGUCGUGAUGGUGGCGGCAGAGGAGACCGCGGUGGUGGUGGAAUGGGUGGUCGAGGUGGACGCGGCGGCAGGUAA